GGUGACCCCCCUGUCCCAGGCGCCGUUCGUGAGCUUGCGCGCCAUCAGGAUCGAUUGGCCCCAUGCCGCAGACAUGGGUGUCCCGGCAGACUUCCAAGGGGGGGCGCUGCGGCACCUGCGGACGAAGGUGGCGGGCUCGACGGCGACGAAGAGGGUCGCUGAGCUGAGCGAUAAGCUCCGCGAGUUCUACGAAGCGAAUGACGUGAGGGACAGGCGGAGGUGCCCGGGCGCGCGCGUCAUCAAGCGGGGCCAGAAAGCGCCCCAGCUGAAGAUGCUGGGCGCCCUGCGCCGCGCGAUGGCCCCGUUUGCCUUGGAGAUGGCGCUGGAGCUUUGCGAUCUUGGUGACCCGCUGGGCCAGGCCGUGCACUGCGGGAUGCGCCGCCUCAACGACUGCUACAAGCCUCGCAGUGCCGCGCCCGUGAACGGACCGGGCACCCCGGCUGAGAACGCGCCCAAGUUCGUUCUCUUUUACGCGAGCCUGGCGAGGUUGAAGCCCGCGCACUGGCGAGCGAAGCCCAAACUGCGCGACUGGCUCGAGGCGGCCGCCGAAGGCGGCGAGCCCACAAGCGCCUGGUGUUAUAGGGGCGAAGAUUUCGGCGGGGGCGCCUCCAACACGGGGCGCAGCCGAGGCAGCGCGGUAACCGUUUCUGGCGCCAGCCGCGGAGUGACCCGCAAGUUCGGCAUGCGGCCCAUUAUCCGCGCGGGCGGCGCCGCGGCCAGCGCCGCGGCCAGCGACGCUGCCAGCCCCGAGGGCGAUCGCAAGCCGAAGGCGGCGAAGAGCCAAGCGAAGCCGCCACCUGCCGCGGCCGAGAGCCCGCCCGCGGCCGCGUCUCCCGCGUCGAAGGCCGACGAGGCCGCGGCGGAGGCCGACGCGGAGGGCCAGGCGGGGGCCGACGGGGAGGUCAAGCUCGAGGUGGCGACGAACAAGAUGCUGACUGGCUUGCGUCAGCUGAAUGCUGGCAAAGACCCUGAGAAGGCGGCGGAGGCAGCGGCCGCGCUGGAGAUGCACCACCAGCUGGGCUGGGAGGAGAAGGAGUCGGUGGUGGAACGCUGCAAGGGAAACAAGACCCGCGGCAGCAUGAAGUGGAUCGACGACUGGGUGGGGACGCGCAGCAAGGACGACGCCACUGCGGCCGGCUGGGGCGAGAAUUGGCGCGGCCCUGGGCAGGAGGUGCGCCGCAACCAGGCGGCUUCAGGCGCGCUGGAGUCCCACCCGCCCAAGAUCAACGAGUCGAACUGGCUGAUGUCUCGGUGCUUCUGGGUGGUCGACCAGGGGGGGGCCAGGAAGGUGGCCCCGCCCCCGCCCCCUCGCGGGACCGCCGAGUGGCGCGAACUCUUAGGACGUUCUCGGGCAAGCAAGCACACCACGCAAUUGGAGAGCCGCGCCAACGACUGCGAGAAGGCAACCCAGAGCGGGCGGCUCGAAUUCCCCCUGGGCGCGCGCGGGGGCGACGAGGUCAAGCAGGGGGGCGACGGCGCCGAAGCGCUCAGAGCCGCCAAGCACGCGGCCAAGGCCUUGAGGGCCUCCUGCAGGACGGUCGACAGGCCGCUGAAGAGCCUGACCGCUCUGGAAAGGCAGUUCCCUGCCAGGGCCAAGAUCCACGAUGGCCCCGACGUGGGCAAGUACGCAGAUGCCUCCAAGGACCUUGACAAGGUUUGCGAUGCGUUGAACGCCUACCAGGAUGACGCCGAAGCGAUCGCCACCCUCGUGGACGAUCUCGCGAAGAAUGGGAUUACUGAGCUGGAAGCGGUGGAGGAUAAUAAGGAGAAAGCCAUCGAAGACUUCGAGGAGGAAGCCGGGUUGCGCGCCAAGCAGCGCGACGAGUGGCGGAUGGCGGGCGACGAGCACGCGAAGAACGCGGCGACGAAGGUCACCGAGAUGCAGGGCAAGCCGACGAGGGACCCGUCAGUGUGGA